GCCAGGGAAGGGAAGGGGGCAUACGACAUAUAUAUGUAUAUAUAAUGGUUCACGCAAAACUUGCACCGAGUUUGCUUAUUGAAUUCCUUCGAUCUUGACUUCACUAACAUCUUGCUCGUCUGCACACAAGAGACUUCCGGCGUUCAAGCUAUUGUAUGACCGUUUUGUGAUAAUUCUUGAUUACAUCUGUGAUUCUUGUGGUGGUUAUGUGUAAAUUUACAGACAGUAACAAUGUUUUUAUUAGCGAAAUUUUGUGUGCCCUUUUAUUUUGCGUUUCGUGUGCUGGCUGUGGAGCAAGAAAACGGGAUCGUCAUUGAAGAAACUUUGGAUCGGUACAAGCGUGCUGGAGCAUCUCCCGUUUUUAGCUCGCCUAGCUAUACAUUCGCACAGAGCAGUUGUGGUUCCACGGGCCCAAUUGGUCAGGUUUCGGCAACCAGUCCUGAUGGUAGUUCUGGAAUAACGUAUUACACGGAUAAUCCGUACUCGAUUAAGGUGGAUCCCGUAAGUGGACAAGUGUCAGUGUGGGGCGCCGCUAUCAGCACGACCAUCACGGUUAAUGUCUUUGCGCGAAAUGCCCAAGGUUCCGUCAGUGCGCCGGUAACGAUCACUUCCAGUUGCGCGGCUCCGGCAGCAGCGCCCGCCGCGGCCCCCGCUGCUGUUGCAGCCGGUCCCUCGAUUGUUUCUUACACAUCAUUCGACAACAGUCUCAACGCAGUCAACGGACUCUACUGUUAUAACGGCCAGUGUUUCAAUGGGUUAAAUGGAGUAUCAGGCUGGGGCAGUGUUUGUUAUGCCGGCACAUGCCGAUCGAACUCUAUCCGUACACGGAAUUCGGGAACCUCCGGGUGUUUCAACAGUUUGUGUUACAAUGCACCAACCCGACAGAUUUGUUACGGAGGAAGCUGCUGUGAUCCGACGUUGGCCUAUACAUCGCCAUCCAACAAUAAUUACCUGUGCUAUUCCGGUCAAUGCUAUAAUCUCAACAGUAACACGGCUGGCCCCUGCGGAACGUCGACCUGGAGAGGAAAUAACUAUCUGUAUUAUAACAAUGGCAUUGGUGGCAAAAAACGAUAAAUGACAAAUUUUGUAAAUAUGUAAAUGUACGCAAAAAUAUUUAAAUUUUCCUCACUCUUUGUCUCUGUAUCAGACUGUAUGUGUACCAUAACCUGAUCAAUUAUGUAUUUAACAUAGUUAGUUAGAAUCUUCCGAAACUUAAUACAAUUGAUCUCUGCAUAAAAA